AUGGCGGAUGAUCCGCCCGGCGCUGGAAUCGCUGGUGUCGUGGUCGGAGCGGUGCUGCUCUUUGGCGCCAUUAGCUUGGUUCCUAUACUGAUUAUGUGGCAUCACCGACGACGAGCGGCGGCGCGAAGAGCCAGUGAAGUGCGCCUGCUUCAGGUCAAUGGGUGCAUGCGACAGGUGACGGUGGAACGAUGGCUGGAAGAGUUGGCCCGAUCUGAAAACGGGGAACCACAGCACCAGCGACACUACGCUCAGGAAACCUGUUCCAUCUGCCUUUCGACGCUCGUCGUGCCGUCGUCUUCGCAAGACACGCUACCGUCUUCUCCAGAACCCGCCUGCAUCCUUCCUCCUUCUCGCUCGACCACCGCUCUCCACCGGCACGACACGCUGACCCCUGACGCUGACCCUCCCCUGCUCGAAUCAGAUCGGACGCGGUACCGGUACCGCGACGGCGAUCGCAGCGUCCUCGUUCUCAACCAGUGUAACCACGCUUUCCACGCCUCCUGUCUUGCGUCAUGGUUCGCCUAUGGCCGCUACAAGUGCCCCAUCUGUCAGACGGAGUACUCCCCCACCGACCCCGGGUAA